AGGCAUAUAAAUCAAUAGGCUAAUUGAUGGCCAACAGACGAAAAUGUAUCAUUCUCAACAUUUAAUGUCAGUUUCACUGUGGUCUUUUCCCCAUAACAGAAGGACAUGAGGGAGUUCCAUAACUUUCAUUUCAAAUGUCCACUUCCGCAGCGCUCGAGACCUAAGAACUGAGCAUGAGUAAAACACUUCCCUUGGUGUUGUUUUCCAUAAGCAACGUAGACAAUGGAAUGCAGUUUAAACCACCUACCUCUGACCGAAUUUAUCUAAUGCGUUCUAGAGCGCCUAAAGUCGUUUUCCUGUGCUUUGUCACCGUUAUAGCUUGAUGUGCAACAGUGCUAAUGCAUUAAUAUGUUUUAUGGAAAAAGGGUUGGAAAUAGGUAUCACCAUAACGACAGUCUAAAUAGCGACACAGUUCUCAAAGUAGCACAAUUUCCUGGAAAACUGAUUUGAUAAUUUGCCACGGAAGUGCACGCGCGUCGGGUUGUCAAACAAUUUGUUUCGUUGUGCGCAUGUGCAACAUAUGAGUCGCAGUGCAAAGAAUGAACUUUACUAGCUAGCUAGCACUCCAGUCUGGCAGCUCGGUUAUAUCAAUAUUUGACAUCACAUGAGAAACAAACAACAUCAGGUGACAGCUGAGACAAUGGACCUUGAGUUCUAAUCCUGCUAUUCUAGCUAGCUACUUAGAGCGUUUGUCCCAUUGAACAUUAGCAAGCAGACUAACGUUAGCUUGCCCACCCCACAAGAAACAUGCCCCCAUUAAAAUUCUGCGCGAAUCUUUCGUGGUUAUUUACGGAUCUGCCAGAGUUUACCCAGAGAAUCUAUGCUGCUGCAUCGGCUGGGUUUCAGGCUGUGGAGGCGGCAUGGCUGUAUGACUCUGACUUACAGGAGCUCCAGAGAGUCAAGAAUGCUACUGGGGUUGAUGUGGUGCUGAUCAACACACCCCUUGGAGAUGCUAAGGCAGGUGAUCUUGGUCUGGGUGCUGUUCCUGGCAGAGAGGAGGACUUCAGAAAGGGUCUGGACCUGGCCAUGCAGUACGCCAAGGCUCUGGACUGCAGGAGCAUCCACUUGAUGGCUGGGAGGGUACCUGUGGGGGCGGACCGAGCUACCAUUGCCGUGGAAAUGGAGGACACCUUUGUACAAAACCUAAAACAUGCUGCCGAUGUCCUCUCAAAUGAGGGCAUCACUGGCCUGAUUGAGCCAAUCAACACACGGAUAACAGAUCCCAGAUAUUUCCUGGACAGUCCACAUCAGGCGGCUGCUAUCCUGCAGAAAGUUGGCCACCCAAAUAUUAAACUGCAGAUGGAUGUCUUCCACUGGCAGAUAAUGGACAGCAACUUGACACAGAACAUACACAAAUAUUUCCCUCUCAUUGGUCACAUCCAGAUAGCCCAGGUGCCCAGCAGGAAUGAGCCAGACAGUGCAGGAGAAAUUAACUUCCCAUAUCUCUUCAGUCUACUGGAGGAGAUGGGUUACCAGGGAUACAUCGGCUGUGAAUACAAACCACUAGGUGGGAUCCAUCCCAAAUGGCUCACUAUACUUGACCAGGGCCCUAGUCAAAAGUAGUGCACAAUGCUCUACAAAUGAAGGUCUUGGUUGGGUGAAAGAUUACUUGAAGCGCAACAAGUGAUGGCUGAGAGGACCACGCAUACAAACGGUUGCCAGUACCAGCCUUUCCAUAGAGGCAACAGUCAUCGCUGAUGAGUCUUCCACUUUAUUUCAACUCAGAUAAACAGCAGCCUAAACACUUGACUGACAAGGCUCUUAUUGAUGUUUCGACUAAGAAUGUGGUGAGAAGCAGUAUGAUUAGAUCCUUUGUUUGCAAUUGUCUUUUUGUACAAUAAAGUCCUGUGUUGUACCCAC